AUACAAGUUAAGAAAAUGCUCCUGUCCCCUUUAUUCAUAAUAGACUGUUCCUACCGAACCAGACUGACAACCCAAGAAUCCAAGAUGAAGUCGAAGUUGUUUCUGAAUUUUUGUCUGGCUACCUUGGCGCUGUUUUGCGUCGUAACUCCAGGCCAGAGUGUAGAGUUAGUAGAACUGAAAUGUGGCAAAGGCAACGAAAAAGUCCUCUCCGUCCGGUAUGACUUUAUGAACGGCAAUAUUCGCUGCAGUGAUGAUGAAAAAGUCCCACUGUCACUCUUUCGGCCGGGCGGGCUGCCUCCGAUCGUCAAGUACAAAGAAGCAAAGGAGGGUACCCGUUACCUGCUACUGAUGGUUGAUCCAGACGCUCCGUCAGCUAAAAACCCUGUCAUGAGAUACUGGCUGCACUGGGUGGUCACUCAGAUCCAGGGUGAAGAUUUGAAGCGAGGUAUAGAGAGUCAAGACUGGGGUUCCAUUGGAAGGACCUUGAUGACCUACGCGCCCCCCACCCCACCCCCGGGAUCAGGCAGCCGUCGCUACCAGUUUUUCCUCUUUGAGGAGCCGCCCACACAUCCCAUAAUACUCACCCCGGAGCAGCAGAAACACCGUGGCAAGUUUGACCUUAAGGCCUUCCUGAAGGACAUGAAAUUCGGGGACCCCGAGGCGGCAACGUACUUUGUGACAGAGAACGCUGGAGAUCGAGAUGAACUCUAAUGUUAGAUUUUAGCAAGAUGUACAUGUAUAACAACAAUUUUUACUACAUGUAGUAACAAAAUAAAUGUGUACCAUGGUGUGUUAAGCCAACAAUAGGCUUGCUGAAAUACUAUUUUCAGAGCUCGGGAAAACUUUUAGCUAUAAUGGAAUGAAAAUGUCUUGUUAUAUGUUAAAACAUCCACCGGUUAAGAAAUUACAAAUCCCAUGUAACUGGUUUAUAUCUUUCUUGUAAAGUGCAUUCUUCUUUUUCCAGCCUAGGAAACAAGGAGCUACUGCUAGAUAUUGACUUGUGUGGCAUUUCAUCCUGUCUUUAUGUGUUACAUAUCUGCCAUUCCAC